UUUUAACCACCCCACCUCUCGACGUGUUCUGUCCUCCCAGGACGUCACGUUCGACGAGUCGGUACCCUACUACCGCCUCUUCCCCUACCGCACUCCGUCCCUCCCCCACCCCCGCUCUUCUUGGUACCAGGUCCCCCCCAGUAGUCCCCCUCCCCCUCAGGGUCCUGCCCCUUCAGCCUGGGGGUGGGAGUCUAGGGGUGCUGAGCCUGGUGGUGCUGAGCCUGGGUGCGAGUCUGGGGGUGCUGGGCCUGGGGGUGCUGAGCCUGGGGGUGCUGUGUCUGGGGGUACUGAGCCUGGGGGUGCUGAGCCUGGGGGUGCUGAGCCUGGAGGUGCCGAGCCUGGAGGUGCUGUGCCUGGGGGUGCUUCGUCUCACGCCGGGAGCCGCUCUCUCCACAGGAGCUGCGUGAGUGGUUUGCCCGGCGCUGGAGGCGUGCCGCUGGUGCUGGUGGUUCUUCGGCUGCGGAGGGCGCUGCUGCCGCACGCUACCUGGCGGUGCUCGUCCUGUGGGUGCUGGAGCUGCUGGUCUGAGGGUUCUCCUGGAGCUGGUCCUGCUGGGGACGUUGGCGCUGAGCCUGCGGUUGGUGGUCCGACUGACGUGCUCUGUCUGCUGCUGAUGGAGGUUCUGGAGCUUCUGGUGGUUCUGCGGUGGACGGUGCUGCUGGAGUGGGUGCUCCGGCCGGAGCUGCUGUUCUGUUCCUUCUGUUUCUGGCGUCGCCGCGCGUGUCUCGGACCGUACUUCGUUCCGCUCCUGGAGCAGGUUCUUGGUCUUGCUCCUCCUCCUCCUCCCUUAGAGGGUCCGCAGCCUGUCCGGUCACAGCCACAGCUAGAGCCUGCCUCCCCUUUGCCUGCUCCUUCUCCCUACGCUGGUCCGACUGGAGGCCUUACUGAGCGUCCCGACCCGGAGUCGGACUCUCUUCGUGCUGCCAGUCCUACUGUCACGCGUCUCCUUGCUACUGCUGUCACUGACCCUUCCUUCGAGUCGUCUGCUGCGUCUGCCCUUGUCACUGAGCUUGUCGACUUUGCUGCGCGCUGUCGUCUAGACUACGCUGCUCGUCUUGUCGCUGAGUCUGAGUCCGCCUGUCCUCCGUCCGUCGGGGAGGGUCCCUACUCCUCUCAGUUGGCAGGGCAGCUUAUGGAUGCAGAGAUGGCUUCCUGGAAGUCCACAGGCACCUACGUUGACGCGGUUCCCCCUCCUGGGGCGAACAUCGUCAGUGGCAUGUGGAUCUUCAGGGUGAAGCGGCCGCCGGGGCUCGCCGCCUGUCUUCAAGGCGCGUUACGUGGCUCGUGGCUUCAGUCAGCGGCAGGGAGUUGA